AUGAUGGACCCGCCACCCUUUACGCCGUCCGAGAAGUGCGAUCGUGGUGGUAUCGUGGGUAGUGGUGGCGAAGAGCCCGUCGGCAGGACUGCAGCAGUGGGCCUAGGCCUAGUUCAGGGCCACGGCUACGGCGUAGGCUAUCUCAAUGACCCAGCCUCCCAGGGCGUAGGUCCAUUCCCUUCAGCCUGUGAUGUCCUGCAGCCACUUUCCCAGCUGUCUCCCUUACCUUCUAGUGGUUAUCUAGCGGCUGUCCUGGCCCGCGAGCGGAGCCUUUGGACAAAGCAAGCAUCUGGAACCGACGGUCAUCUGGUGCCGUUGUCGCCCGGGUGUGCCGCCUCCGCCCCUGUCCACGACCAUCGUUCAGCUACACCCCCCGCGGUGAGGUUGGAUGAUCGCCUCGGUGACUCGUCAUCUGAAGCGCCAACUCACGGUUCCAUAGUGGUGUCAGAUCCUCUGCGCCAGCCCGGAAUUCCUGCGCCGGUUCAGUGGUAUGCCAACCCUAUCGCUACUAGCCACGAACAGGGGGUCCCCAGUAUCGCAAACCUUAUCGGAUCCCAUCCUUCCCAAAAAUGCGGCUACGCAGUUCAAUUCAUGCACGAUGCAGAUGAGGAGGGUACGCGCUCCUGGCGACGGUUGAUGAUUGAGUACAGCUAG